CGCUGCUGGUCUAACGUUCCUGGAACCAUCUCCAUUUUACAGCUGGACUGAAACGGACACUGUGUACAUUUUACAGAAGAGCCGACAGAGGCUAAAAACAAGGAGGAAACCUGGAAGGAGCCGGAGGAGAGAAGAUAUGCACCCAACAUGGCUUUUAUGUCUCUCAUAUGAGCUGUGAUGAGAUGGCCCAGGCAGGGAAAGAACCGAGCAGGACUAACCGUGUCGUGUUGGUAAAGAGAAUAAUUAUGAACGAUGACAGCAACCCGAUGCAGCAAGGAAUCGGGAAGCCGAGUGUGUACCAUGCUGUGGUGGUCAUUUUCCUAGAAUUUUUUGCCUGGGGGCUGCUCACCACACCCAUGCUCACCGUUCUACAUGAAACGUUCCCACAGCACACAUUCCUGAUGAACGGCCUCAUUCAGGGAGUGAAGGGCUUGCUGUCUUUCAUGAGCGCUCCAUUAAUCGGUGCGUUAUCAGAUGUCUGGGGCAGGAGAUCUUUUCUGUUGGUGACCGUGUUUUUCACCUGUGCGCCCAUUCCUCUGAUGAGACUCAGCCCCUGGUGGUACUUUGCCAUGAUCUCCGUGUCUGGGGCUUUUUCAGUCACCUUCUCAGUCAUCUUCGCGUAUGUAGCAGACGUCACAGAGGAGGCAGAGAGAAGCACUGCGUAUGGACUCGUGUCAGCCACAUUCGCAGCAAGUUUAGUGACGAGCCCUGCGAUUGGUGCUUACCUCUCGGCGAACUACGGGGAUAAUCUAGUGGUCCUGGUGGCUACGCUCAUCGCCCUGGCGGAUAUCUGCUUCAUCCUGCUGGCCGUCCCCGAGUCGCUGCCCGAUAAGAUGAGACUGAACACAUGGGGAGCGCCGAUCUCCUGGGAGCAGGCGGAUCCAUUUGCUAGUCUGAGAAAAGUCGGGAAGGACACGACUGUGCUUCUCAUCUGCAUCACAGUGUUUCUGUCAUAUUUACCCGAGGCGGGACAGUACUCCAGCUUCUUCUUGUAUUUACGACAGAUCAUUAACUUCUCACCAACUACAAUCGCAGUGUUCAUCGGAGUUGUGGGGAUCCUCUCCAUCUUGGCCCAGACGCUUUUUCUCACGCUGCUAAUGAGAACCAUUGGGAACAAGAACACGGUUCUGCUGGGCCUCGGAUUCCAGAUCCUCCAGCUGGCGUGGUAUGGCUUUGGAUCUGAACCAUGGAUGAUGUGGGCAGCAGGAGCCGUGGCAGCCAUGUCCAGCAUCACAUUUCCUGCAGUCAGUGCACUUGUAUCUCGCAGCGCUGAUCCAGAUCAGCAAGGGCUAGUGCAAGGAAUGAUCACAGGCAUACGAGGUCUGUGUAACGGCCUGGGUCCGGCGCUCUACGGCUUCAUCUUUUUCCUCUUCGACGUCGAGCUGAGUGGAAUUGCACCGAUCCAGACUGACUACAGCAUCCCUCUUCAGACUCCUAGUGAGCGUGUAGCAAUACCAGGCCCUCCGUUCCUGCUGGGCGCAUGCACCGUGUUGGCAGCCUUCAUGGUGGCGCUGUUCAUCCCAGAACGGCCGGCAGCAGGUGCCAAAACAUGCCAGGAGCUCAAGAGGAGUGGAAGUCUGACAGGAGCGCACGCCAACAUGCCACUUCCGGGCAGUGACGAGGACUUCGAGCCUCUCCUGGAGGACAGCACUGUGUGACUGCGUGACUCUGUGAACGUGACUUGUUUCUUCAGCCCUCGGAACGAGUGAGCAAUGCCCCUGCAAGCCCCCCCACAGGAGAUAGUUUUUUUUUUUUUUUAGGUUUUGUAUUAUACUUUAAUAUUAACACAGUUUGUUGUUUAAACCUUUUAUUUAAAGCUUGAAUUUUGAACCAAAGUUUUCCAUGGGACACUUUUAGAUAUUUUUUUUUUAACUCUAUUUUGCCACAGCAAAAGGGCUUGGACGUGCUGUAGCGGAAAUGGAGUGAGGAUGGGAUCAUGGAAAACUUAGCGCUUUAUGUUUCUAGAUGCAACGUCGAGUCAGGUUCAAUGGGCAAAGUGCAAAGUGUAAUGUGAAUCGCUUGAAUUUAGACUGUAUCGAUCCUAAGUUUACUGUGUAAUGAAAUGCUCAGAUGGUUUUUAAGCGAUUACAACUCUCUCUGUCUCUCUCUCGCGCUAUAUAUAUAUAUAUAUAUAUAUAUAUAUAUAUAUAUAUAUAUAUAUAUAUAAGGUGU